ACCGUAACCUGUGGUUGAGGGUUCUUCGUACACCUAUAGUGGGACCCACAAUUUGGAGAGUUUCAUUUGACUGCUUGUAUAGCCGCGUAUGCAAUUUCUAAGUAGUUUCUAAUGGCCAGCGUAUCAGUCAUCGCUCUCCGGCAGAGUAUUAAAUGCUUUCCUUCCCCCCUUUGCCGUCCCUCCAAAACCUCCCAAAAUUUCCCCUUUCACAGGGAGAGAGAGAAGCAGCGAAUUUUCAAAAUGACAAUAUUGCCCUUCGCCCGAGAGAAGAAGAACCGUCGACCCCUGCGGGCCCCACUCCUGGCCCAUAAGCAGUGCGAAGAUGCAGCCAGCAUCGAUCACGGCUUCGGUGAGGCGUCAUUCGCCGGAGCCGUCUUCAAUCUAUCGACGACGAUCGUUGGGGCCGGAAUCAUGGCAUUGCCGGCCACGCUGAGGGUUCUUGGCCUCAUCCCGGGGCUUGUGAUGAUCGUCCUGGCCGGAAUCCUGACCGAAUCAUCAAUCAACAUGAUCUUGCGGUCGGGACGGGCAGGGCCGUCGCUGAAAUCGACGGCCGGAUCUUCGUACUCGGGCAUCGUCGGUGAGGCCUUUGGCGGAGCGGGCCGUGCGAUCUUGCAGACGUGCAUCGUCGUCAACAAUCUCGGGAUGCUCGUCAUCUACAUGAUCAUAAUCGGGGAUGUGCUGGCAGGGAGUUCAAGUGCUGGAAUUCACCACAGCGGUGUGAUUGAAGAGUGGUUUGGACGGCAGUGGUGGACCACACGCUCUUGCCUAUUGCUUCUCACGACCUUCCUGGUUUUUGCACCGUUGAUUUCAUUGAAACGUGUAGACUCUUUGAGAUACACAUCAGCAGUAUCGGUUGCAUUGGCCAUGGUAUUCGUAGUAAUCACGGCCGGGGUCGCGAUCAUCAAGCUGAUGAAUGGAAGUAUUGGAAUGCCACAAUUGCUGCCUGAAAUCACAGAUCAGACCUCAUUUUGGAAGCUUUUCACAACGGUGCCGAUUCUAGUUACGGCCUAUAUCUGCCAUUAUAGUGUACAUCCCAUAGAGAAUGAGCUCAAGGAUCCCACGCAGAUGAAGUCGAUCGUGCAGUCAUCAAUUGUUCUGUGCUUGUCAGUCUAUGUGGCCACCAGCUUCUUUGGGUUCCUCCUCUUCGGAGAUGGGACAAUGGACGAUAUCCUGGCCAACUUUGAUGGCGAUCUUGGGAUCCCGUACAGCUCCCUCUUCAAUGAUAUCGUGAGGAUCAGCUAUGCAGCCCACCUGAUGCUUGUCUUCCCCAUUGUCUUCUUCACACUCCGCCUCAACCUCGACGGCCUACUCUUCCCGUAUGCGGUCCCCAUCGCAUUUGACGGUCAGCGAUUCUUCUCAAUGACUGUCGCUCUUAUGGGCCUCUCCUUCCUUGGUGCCAACUUCGUUCCAAGCAUCUGGGAUGCUUUCCAAUUCACUGGGGCGACGGCCUCGAUCGCCAUUGGAUUCAUCUUCCCAGCUGCCAUUGCUCUCAGGAAUGUUCAUGGAAUUGCCACAAAGACAGACAGGGUCUUGUCAUGGUUCAUGAUUGUGUUGGCUGUGACGUCUAGCACGGUGGCCAUUUCGAGUGACAUUUACGCUACCUUGUCCAAUGGAGGUGAGAUGGGCCGAUGAUCUUAAGGAGUGGGCAUGGUGGUUUUGUUCAUGAAGCUCUUGCAUGCUUGAAUGCUUUGAGCUACGGCAUCUUUGGAGUGAAGAGGGUUAUCGAGAUGGUGGAUCAUUGGAAUUUCAGGUAUUGCAUUUGUCCAUGGAUUAUUUACAACACUUUUUGAUAGAUAUACUCUUUAUUUUAUAUUUUUGGUAAUAACACAAUAAGAUUUUGUGAUGUUGUAUUACCAACAGUAGAAAGAAAAGGGUGUAUUUAUCAACCAGGGUGGGUGUAGAUGUCAGUUCUUUGUGCAAUGCCUGUUCUCCUUUCUCUCAUUGUUAUGAUUUUGUAAAGCUUAUAUCUAAAAACGAAAGAAUUUUUGUUAUACAAGAAAAAUGGAGUUGCAAUUGUACAA